CGUCACAGCGCCUAGCGCAGCCGGCGAGCGCGGCACUCGGGCUGCAGGACCAGUGACCCGCCGCUGCCUAUGCGGGGCCGCCGCCGGUGACGCCGGAGAGGUGCCCCCCCCCUCGCUGCUGCCGAGUGACCCACGAGGACGGCCGCGGAGAUGGCCGGGGCCUCGGUGAAGGUGGCGGUGCGCGUCCGCCCCUUCAACUCCCGUGAGAUGAGCCGGGACUCCAAGUGCAUCAUCCAGAUGUCCGGAAGCACCACCACCAUCAUCAACCCCAAGCAGCCCAAGGAGACGCCCAAGAGCUUCAGCUUCGACUACUCCUACUGGUCACACACCUCGCCCGAGGACAUCAACUACGCGUCGCAGAAGCAGGUGUACCGCGACAUCGGCGAGGAGAUGCUGCAGCACGCCUUCGAGGGCUACAACGUGUGCAUCUUCGCCUACGGGCAGACGGGCGCCGGCAAGUCCUACACCAUGAUGGGCAAGCAGGAGAAGGACCAGCAGGGCAUCAUCCCGCAGCUCUGCGAGGACCUGUUCUCCCGGAUCAACGACACCACCAACGACAACAUGUCCUACUCCGUGGAGGUCAGCUACAUGGAGAUCUACUGUGAGCGAGUCCGCGACCUGCUGAACCCCAAGAACAAGGGCAACCUGCGCGUGAGGGAACACCCGCUGCUGGGGCCCUACGUGGAGGACCUGUCCAAGCUGGCCGUCACCUCCUACAAUGACAUCCAGGACCUCAUGGACUCAGGGAACAAGGCCAGGACUGUGGCCGCCACCAACAUGAACGAGACCAGCAGCCGCUCCCACGCCGUGUUCAACAUCAUCUUCACCCAGAAGCGCCACGACGCAGAGACGGACAUCACCACGGAGAAGGUGAGCAAGAUCAGCCUGGUGGACCUGGCGGGCAGCGAGCGCGCAGACUCCACAGGUGCCAAGGGCACGCGGCUCAAGGAGGGAGCCAACAUCAACAAGUCCUUGACCACGCUGGGGAAGGUCAUCUCUGCGCUGGCGGAAAUGGACUCCGGACCCAACAAGAACAAGAAAAAGAAGAAGACAGAUUUCAUUCCGUACCGAGAUUCCGUGCUGACCUGGCUCCUCCGGGAAAACCUGGGUGGCAACUCGCGGACGGCCAUGGUGGCGGCCCUGAGCCCCGCGGACAUCAACUACGACGAGACCCUCAGCACGCUGAGGUACGCCGACCGGGCCAAGCAGAUCCGCUGCAACGCCGUCAUCAACGAGGACCCCAACAACAAGCUGAUCCGCGAGCUGAAGGACGAGGUGACGCGGCUGCGGGACUUGCUGUACGCGCAGGGGCUCGGCGACAUCACCGACACCAGCACUGUGCCCGGAGGACCCAAAUUGACCAACGCCCUGGUGGGCAUGAGCCCCUCGUCCUCGCUCUCCGCCCUGUCCAGCCGUGCGGCCUCCGUGUCCAGCCUCCACGAGCGCAUCCUGUUCGCCCCGGGCAGCGAGGAGGCCAUCGAGAGGCUGAAGGAAACAGAGAAGAUCAUAGCCGAGCUCAACGAGACCUGGGAGGAGAAGCUGCGGCGCACGGAAGCCAUCCGCAUGGAGAGGGAGGCCCUGCUGGCCGAGAUGGGCGUGGCCAUGAGGGAAGACGGUGGCACCUUGGGUGUGUUCUCUCCCAAAAAGACGCCGCAUCUCGUCAACCUGAACGAGGACCCGCUGAUGUCUGAGUGCCUCCUGUACUACAUCAAGGACGGGGUCACCAGAGUGGGCAGGGAGGACGGGGAGAGGCGGCAGGACAUCGUGCUGAGCGGGCACUUCAUCAAGGAGGAGCACUGCGUCUUCCGGAGCGACUCCCGCGGCGGCAGUGAAGCUGUGGUGACCCUGGAGCCCUGUGAGGGGGCAGACACCUACGUCAACGGCAAGAAGGUCACGGAGCCCAGCAUCCUGCGGUCAGGUACGGCGGCGGCUCGGGGCGGUGGGCGCCCGGGGGUGAGGCCCGUUCCCCACAGGGCACCGGGUCAGCUCCUGCGGCUCCGGGCACGCGGCGUCAGCACCCGGGCCUGCACCGUGGCCCGAGCAGAGAAGGCACGUCCACACCGCGUGGCUCCCGCGUCGGUGCUGUGGGCUGAGCGCAGAGCUGGGGCGCCCGUCCGGGAAAGGCGCGUGCCCUGCACUCGGGACGCCUCCCUGGUGGGGCUGGGCCGGGGUCGCAGAGCGCCGGUGGGAGGGGGUGGACAGCCUGCGGACGCUGGUCCUGGGCUCCGGCUUCGUUCCCAGGCGCUGCGGUGCCCAGACGUUGUAAAAUGCACACCUUGGCCGCAUCUCGUCAACCUGGAACGAGGACCGCUGAUGUCCGGGAGUGCCUCCUGCUACUACAUCAAGGGACGGGGCACCAGGUGGGCUCCCUGUGCCCAGGGGGCGCCGUGGUGGUGGGCCCUGCUGGGUGGGGUUUGCCCCUCACCCACCCCGGCGUCCCCGCACGCUUCCCGGGCUCCCCGAGGUCCCGGCUGUGGCCGCCCGGUGGCUCGCGGUGGUUGCUUGCCGGUGCGGGUCCUGGCCGCCCGUGAUGGCCUCCCGCCCACAGAGGUGGGCAGGAGGACGGGGAGAGGCGGCAGGACAUUCGUGCUUGAGUCUGGGCACUUCAUCAAGAGGCACUGCGGCUUCCGGAGCGACUUCCCGCGGCGGGCAGUUGAAGGUAUCGCCCUGCGCCACCCCUGCCGCGGGGCUGCUGGCCCCUACCCGCUGUGGUGGACCCUGGUGAGCCCUGUGAGGGGGGCAGACAACCUACGUCAACGGCACAAGAAGGUCACGGAGCCCAGCAUCCUGCGGUCAGGAUACGGCGGCGGGCUCAGGCGGCUCCAGGAGCUGGAGGACCAGUACCGCCGGGAGCGGGAGGACGGGCCCACUCAGUCACUGCUGGAGCAGCAGAGGCUGGACUACGAGAGCAAGCUGGAGGCUUUGCAGAAGCAGAUGGACUCCAGGUACUACUCGGAGGUGAACGAGGAGGAGGAGGAGCCGGAGGACGAAGUGCCCUGGACGGAGCGGGAGUGUGAGCUGGCGCUGUGGGCCUUCCGGAAGUGGAAGUGGUACCAGUUCACGUCCCUGCGCGACCUGCUGUGGGGCAACGCCAUCUUCCUCAAGGAGGCCAACGCCAUCAGCGUGGAGCUCAAGAAGAAGGUCCAGUUCCAGUUUGUCCUCCUCACAGACACGCUCUACUCCCCUCUGCCGCCCGACCUGCUGCCCCCAGAGGCCGCCAAGGACCGGGAGACGCGGCCCUUCCCCCGCACCAUCGUGGCGGUGGAGGUGCAGGACCAGAAGAACGGGGCCACUCACUACUGGACCCUGGAGAAGCUCAGGCAGCGCCUGGACCUGAUGCGGGAGAUGUACGACCGGGCCGCGGAGGUGCCUUCCAGCGUCAUCGAGGACUGUGACAAUGUGGUGACCGGCGGGGACCCCUUCUACGACCGCUUCCCCUGGUUCCGGCUGGUGGGCAGUUCAGUCAUCUCUGGCUGCAACAGCUACCCUCUUCUCAACACAUGCAUGAGCGAGCGCAUGGCUGCUCUCACCCCCUCCCCCACCUUCUCGAGCCCCGACUCCGAAGCCACCGAGCCUGCCGAGGAGCAGAGCGUGGGGGAGGAGGAGGAGGAGGAGGAGGAGGAGGACCUGGAGGACGACGUCUUUCCGGAGCACGUGCUGUGCGACGGCCGGGACCCGUUUUACGACCGGCCCCCCCUGUUCAGUUUAGUAGGAAGGGCCUUCGUGUACCUGAGCAACCUGCUGUACCCCGUGCCCCUGGUGCACCGCGUGGCCAUCGUCAGCGAGAAGGGCGAGGUGAAGGGCUUCCUCCGUGUGGCCGUCCAGGCCAUCUCAGCCGACGAAGAGGCCCCUGACUACGGCUCCGGCGUGCGCCAGUCGGGAACCGCUAAGAUCUCCUUUGACGACCAGCAUUUUGAAAAGUUCCAGUCCGAGUCCUGCCCCGUGGGGGGGAUGUCCCGCUCGGGGACCUCCCAGGAAGAGCUGCGCAUCGUGGAGGGCCAGGGCCAGGGUGCGGACGCAGGGCCCUCGGCCGACGAAGUCAACAACAACACCUGCUCAGCGGUGCCUCCGGAAGGAAUCCUGGACAGCCCCGAGAAGGCCGCCCUGGACGGGCCCCCGGACGCCGGCCUGGACCACCUGCGGCUGGGCAGCACCUUCACCUUCCGCGUCACGGUGCUGCAGGCCUCCAGCAUCUCCGCCGAGUACGCCGACAUCUUCUGCCAGUUCAACUUCAUCCACCGCCACGACGAGGCCUUCUCCACGGAGCCCCUGAAGAACACGGGCAGGGGACCCCCACUGGGCUUCUACCACGUGCAGAACGUACGUCCCUGGCCUUGUCCCUACUGCUCCCUCCCGGGGUCUCCCGGCUCCCCAGGCGUCGGCAGGGCUGGCCCUUGGCUCCAUGGGCUGUCACCUGGCUCUGCCCGUCAGAACCAGGGAGGGGGUUCUCCCUGUCGGAACUUUGAUCUGCUGCGGGGCACGGCUGUGUCAGGGGGUGCUGGCUGGAAGAGGGCCGAGGUGGCCCUGGACAAGUGGCUGCUGCCCCAGCGCGCGCUUGCUUCGGGAGGGGCAGCGGUGCCACCUGGGCCCUCGCGCCGCACUUCCCCGGGCGGUCCAGGCGCUGUCAAGCCAGUGCCCGCCACUAAGCUCAGCACGCUGACGCGGCCCUCCCCGGGGCCCUGCCACUGCAAGUACGACCUGUUGGUCUACUUCGAGAUCUGUGAGCUGGAGGCCAACGGAGAUUACAUCGCCGGCGUGGUGACCACCGGUGGCAUGCCUGCGAUGGGCCUCCUCCUCCACCAGGGCAAAGGCAUCCAGAGACGGAUAACGGUGACCCUGCUGCACGAGACGGGCAGCCACAUCCGCUGGAAGGAAGUGCGGGAGCUGGUCGUGGGUCGCAUCCGGAACACUCCAGAGACUGACGAGUCCCUGAUCGACCCCAACAUCUUGUCUCUCAACAUCCUGUCUUCCGGAUACAUCCACCCGGCCCAGGAUGACCGGACCUUCUACCAGUUCGAGGCUGCGUGGGACAGCUCCAUGCACAAUUCCCUCCUGCUGAACCGGGUCACCCCCUAUCGAGAGAAGAUCUACAUGACCCUCUCUGCUUAUAUUGAGAUGGAGAACUGCACCCAGCCGGCCGUGGUCACCAAGGACUUCUGCAUGGUCUUCUACUCCCGCGAUGCCAAGCUGCCCGCCUCGCGCUCUCCGAAACUGUUCGCAGUGGGAGCUGCGGGCCUGCAAGGUGACAACCGUGUGACGGGCGUGUACGAGCUCAGCCUGUGCCAUGUGGCCGACGCGGGCAGCCCAGGGAUGCAGCGCCGGCGCCGGCGGGUGCUGGACACGUCUGUGGCCUAUGUGCGCGGCGAGGAGAACCUGGCGGGCUGGAGGCCCCGGAGCGACAGCCUCAUCCUGGACCACCAGUGGGAGCUGGAGAAGCUCAGCCUGCUGCAGGAGGUGGAGAAGACCCGGCACUACCUGCUGCUGCGCGAGAAGCUGGAGACCACGCAGCGGCCCGUCCCGGAGGCGCUGUCCCCGGCCUCCAGCGAGGACUCCGAGUCCCACAGCUCCUCCAGCGCCUCCUCCCCGCUCUCGGCCGAGGCCCGGCCGGCCCCCCUGGAGGUGCCCAGCGAGAGGCAGCGGGAGCUGGCCGUCAAGUGCCUGCGCCUGCUCACACACACGUUCAACCGGGAGUACACGCACAGCCACGUCUGUGUCAGCGCCAGCGAGAGCAAGCUCUCUGAGAUGUCUGUCACCCUGCUGCGGGACCCGUCCAUGUCCCCUCUGGGGGCAGCCACGCUCACCCCCUCCUCCACCUGCCCCUCUCUGGUCGAGGGGCGCUACGGAGCCACGGACCUGAGGACCCCGCAGCCCUGCUCCCGGCCCCCCAGCCCCGAGCCUGAGCUGCUGCCAGAGUCCGACUCCAAGAAGACGCCCUCCCCUGUGCGGUCGACGGAGGCCGACAAGGAGCCCCAGCGCCUGCUGGUCCCCGACAUCCAGGAGAUCCGGGUCAGCCCGAUCGUCUCCAAGAAGGGCUACCUGCACUUCCUGGAGCCGCACACGUCGGGCUGGGCCAGGCGCUACGUGGUGGUGCGGCGGCCCUAUGCCUACAUGUACAACAGCGACAAGGACAGCGUGGAGCGGUUCGUGCUCAAUCUGGCCACCGCGCAGGUGGAGUACAGCGAGGACCAGCAGGCCAUGCUCAAGACGCCCAACACGUUCGCGGUGUGCACGGAGCACCGAGGCAUCCUGCUGCAGGCCACCAGCGACAAGGACAUGCACGACUGGCUGUACGCCUUCAACCCCCUCCUGGCCGGCACCAUCCGGUCCAAGCUGUCCCGGAGGAGGUCUGCGCAGAUGAGGGUCUGACGGAGCCCCAUGACAGCAGCAGGCCCGGCCCUCUCGUCCCGUCUGUUCCGUUGUCCACCGCCGGCCCCUCCCCACUAGACAGCUCACAACCACGUCCCCCGCAGGACCACCCUGCCGGGCCAGGACCUGGGCCACACAACCAGUCAUGCUCCAGCGGAGGCUGCGUGUGUUGUCGUUUCUUCCAGAAUGUGCUCUGGGCGGGAGGGGCCGGGACACGCAGGCCAGGCCGAGGGCAUGGGUCGUGGGGGUUGCGCUGUCGUUCUAAUAUUUUUUUAAGCAUAGACAGACUUAUUAUGAAUUAAUCUACGUUAGUUAGUGACGUCGAAACUGUCCACUCAGAAAUUAACUAUAAGACCGUGUCCUAUUUAUAAGUAUUUAUUUCUAAUGCUCCACAUAGACCUGUAGGAUUGAGAGGGACCCCCCCCCCGUCUGAGCCCAAGUGCGUCCCCCGAGCCAGUAGGGACAGACAUGGCCGGGGCAGCCACCUCCAAAGGCCACAGCAAAGGAGUGUCUGCUUGGCACCUGCCCAGGCCCUCGUCCCGGUAGGGUCUCCUGGUGCCUGGAGUCUGAGUGGCAUGGAAGAGGGUUCGAGCCAUUUCUGGGGAGGCUCUGUGUCUCUUCGGGGCAGCCCCCUGGAACGGGACUCUCAGAGCGAUUCUGGCAGCUUCUCCUGGGAGAGGGUGUGGGGUGGUGGGGCCGAUGGCACCCGGGCUGUGGUGCCUGUCCUGGGCAGGGACAGAGGAGAGGGGUCAUGACCCCAGCUGGGCAGUGCAGACCCACCCACCCCCCUGGACCGCUGGGCAGACAGCUGUUUGGGGACAGGGAUGGCGGGAGGGUCGGGAUUCAGGGUGACGGACUGGGUGGGGCUCAGGUGGGGCCUCUCAGCUGCGGUGAGAGACAGAGCGAGUGCAGGCAGCUCCUGGGAAGGAGCUCUGCGGUUGGCAGGGCUCUCACACAGACUCCUCUCUUUGUCCCGGUGAGAGGGUUCCUGUGGGUCCAGGGAGCGAGUUCGUGAGUGGGGUGUGUCCUGGUCAGGCAGCGAGGCGGUCAUCGUCCUCAUGAGCGCUUUCCUUCCACACCAGGGUGUUCCCUGCCCUGUCCCCUCUGCAGACCCCGAUGCCUGAGGGCCAUGCAGGAGCUGGGGAUCAUCCCCAUGGAGUCUGGUCUAGGUCACGCCCACAGGCAGGUCUCAGUAGCUCAGGGGGAAGCCGUAACCGAGCAGCAGUGCCCGUCCCCACCAUGGCCCACCAGAGCAGGCCACACGUGGGCCUGGGGAAGAGACAGACACAUGCCCGGGGUCAGGGUAAGCGUCCUCCAUUUGUGCCGAGCGGGAAGGUUCCAGGGUGAGGUUGAAGUUGAGCAAGCCCUUGGCUUUUGCC